UCACGAACGUUUACAACAUUUUAUUUAAGUGGGGCGAUCAUCGACAUUAAUGGUGUCGGUAUUAGGUAGGAGUUAGUUAUAUUUCCUUUACUUUAACUAUAGACGUUUACUGUCACGUGACUACAUCCGGGUACUGGUCACCACGGGCGCCAUAUGGUAGGAGUGGGCGAUACUGGGAAUUUUGGUAUCGAUCCGAUACCAAGUAAAUACAGGGCUAGUAUCGCCGAUACCGAUACGUUUUACUUGAAAUGUCAUGAUCAUUGAAUAAUUUUGUGGUUUUGCCUUGAGUUAGUUGAUUAUGAUCAUGGUAAAACACAGCACAAAGAUCUUAGGCAAUAAAAAGGCUUUUUUUUAAUUGACUAACUACAACAAUAGAACAAAAUGUAACAAAAAUAAUAAAAUAAUAAUUCUAUUACUACAAUUGUUUCAGAAACAAGUUAUCCAUCCAUCCAUUUUCUGCACUAGUGCAAAAUAACAAAAAAAAAAGCAGAUAUGUAACAAAAAUAUAAAUACGAAUGUCAACAUCACAACAAAAAAUACCUUCAAUUGCACGAUAUUGUGAAAAAUAACGUCAGUAGUGCAAAUAAAGUGUAAACUACAAUUUGCUCUUAUUCUUAACCUUUGCCUCCCUGCUCACAAAGCCCUCCAAGGAAGAAUCCCUUGAGGUGCCCUUUUGGCUCUGUUCCCAUAAUGACAACAGGUUUAUAGGUUUUUGUUCAGGAACAGCAACGUUUACAUUCUUCCCUUUUAUUGCACUGUCCCGCCUUCGAGAAAAUCCUUUAUGUAGGUAAAGAUGUUGCCAGUAAUGCCAGCUGUUUCUUUGCAAUCUUGCACAGACAGGGAAAUGUUGGCUCAUUCAUUUUCCAGUGGAAAUUUGAGUAAAUUGCUGGACGACAGAAGAGAAACUGCAGUAUCGAUCUCAUCACGCUAGUAUCGAUCUAAUUCCAAUACUCACCUUGGUAUCAAUAUUUAGAUCGAUACGCCCACCCCUACCAUAUGGAUGGGUGGAGUCUUCACAUUGCAACCACAAAUGCGGCUUAACAGGGACAAAUGAUGGCCAAUAAGUCUGUGGGAAGUUAUUGGAGGCGAAUACAUUUUAUUUGAGAAAAGUGGUAUGGUGCUAAUGUGACGUCAUACAACUUCUGCUUUUGAAGACAGUUUCCGUAUUGGUUGGGUGAAUGCAAGUAAACAGCACAAAGGGUUACGGUACCGCACACCGAGUGACUUGGUCGAACCCGAUUGAACUGUUGUGUGGUGUGCAGGGUUUGGCAGCUGUUUCCGUGAAUGGCCGAUGAGUCUGCCACUGGUUUUGGGCGCACACUUGUCGCAACGUCGCCGUUUACAGCCAAUCGAAAUGCACAGAAGCUUUCACUCACACUGAAAAUACAUUUCCAGGUUUGCGACAAACUUGUAAUGCGUUUUUCCAGUACAAGUUCCAGAACGAGCGGCACGGUGGACGACUGGUUAGCACAUCUGCCUCACAGUUCUGAGGACCUUGAUUCAAAUCCUGGCCCCGCCUGUGUGGAGUUUGCAUGUUCUCCCCGUGCCAGCGUGGGUUUUCUCCAGGUACUCCGGUUUCCUGCCACAUCUCAGAAACAUGCACGACCUCGAACAGCUUAUUGGUCACCAGGGAGAACUUCCACCUCAGCCACCAGGAGGAAGCCCCAAUUUGGAGCAAGAGGAUUCACAGCUCCCUAAUGUUAAAGAGGAAGCGGAUGAUCAACAGCUCCCCCCUGUUAAGCAGGAUGAGGAGGAGGCUGACAUCAGUAAGUUUCUGUUGACUGGUGUCUCUGUGGAGAGUAAAGAGGAUGAAAACGAACCAGCCGAGUUAUCACAACUUCCCCAUCACAGUCCAAGUGGUGAUCACUGUGGAGGAGCAACACCAGACAACCUCUUUGGUCCUCUGUCAGACAGUGACAAAAAGGGAGCACCUUUGAGAAGUGACGGAGACUGUGAAAGUGACAAUAAACAGUCAAAAUGCUCUGAAAAGAAGAGAAGUCACUUCAAGAAACCUCAAACACACACGAGAGCACACAGACGAGAAACCCUUUUCAGGAGCUCAUGUAGCAAAGCAUUCUGUCAUAAGCGAAGUCUGGUAUCACACAUGAGAAAACACACGGGAGAAAAACCCUUUUGUUGCUCAACUUGUGGUAAAAGUUUUACCCGAAAGCAAGGCAUGGUUACACACAUGAGAGUGCAUUCUGGAGAAAAACCCUUUAGUUGCUUAACUUGUGGUAAAACAUUCUCUUACAAGGAAAACUUGGUAACACACGUAAGAACACACACUGGAGAAAAACCCUUCAAUUGCUCAACUUGUGGGAGAACAUUCCCUCAAAAGACAGGUCUGGUAUAUCACAUGAGAACACACACGGGAGAAAAACCCUUUAGUUGCUCAACUUGCGGUAAAACAUUCUCUCAAAAGCAAAACAUGGUAUCACACAUGAGAACUCACACGGGUGAAAAACCCUUCAGUUGCUCAACUUGUGGUAAAACAUUCUCGCAAAAGCAAAACUUGGUACCACACAUGAGAACACACAAGGGCGAAAAACUCUUUAGUUGCUCAACUUGUGGUAAAAGUUUUACUCAGAAACAUAACAUGGUAACACACAUGAGAACACACAUAGGAGACAAUCCAAAUGGAGGGGGUAUAAAUGUUUUACAGUAGUACCACGUAAUACCCCAACAUUAGAAACAUUUCAAAUUUCAUUCAACUUAAUUCUUCCAAAGAGCUGUAAUUGCUUUUUUGUGUGCUGUGCACUCACUACACAUCAUUGUCACCUUUGUCAUACUGCACAGCUAAUUCAUCUUACCGUAAUCAUCUUCACUCAAUUUUUGUAUCUUCACUGGUAAUGAUUUGCUCCUGUGUUUGUUUUCUGCUGAGACCUUCACCUACGAAAUGAUAAGCUUUUGUGUGUGUAUCACUGUCCAACUACUGUGUAAGAAAUGCAUGUCCCACCUUAAAGGGCCUAUUUAAUCAUGUGAAUAUUGACACUCGUUCCAAAGUUCUGGACUUACAAAUGACGUUUGCAGGAAAAAAUCCCCCCUCCCCCAAAAAGACUCUUGUAAUUUUAGGCUUGUUUUUUGAUGAAAUAUUUGGUUUCGGCGGGAUUUUCGCACGUCCGCUUUUUGGACACAUCGGCCUAUAUCACGGCCUGACAAGUUGAUGGCAGAUGGUGCAAAUGUUUUCUCAUUGAAUUUAUCUGUGUUCUGAAUUAUGUAAAUUUUUGCCUAUAUUGAAAGUCUGGAUGAUGUUUUUUUUUUUUGAUAAUGAUUGCAAAUAGCGAUGUGGAACAUGUUGAAAGGCUUUUAUUAGUUUUUUAAAUUUAGUUAUAUAUUUUUUUAAAUUACGCGGUGAAAUGGCCCUUUCAGGAAAGAUAGCCAUGUCAUCCCACAUGAAUUCUUGCAGAUUUAUUUCUGCAUAUGUUAGGUCAAUUUUGUAUUAAUUGCAUCACAAAUACAUACAAAAAGACAUUUGAAAAGAGUUACCAUGGAUGACAAAGGCAUUUUUGUUUGGUGUAUGGUGGUAUUCUGUCACAGACGUGGACUUUGUCAUAACUGGAUCACCAGGCCAAAAGCAUUAUAUCACUUAGUGUCCUAAAACUGCCACCUUUGGUAACCAACAUUUAUGUGUACAAUCUACAGUGGGUACGGACCCCCUUAAAUUUUUUGCUCUUUGUUUUAUUGCAGCCAUUUGCUAAAAUCAUGAAAGGUAAUUUUUUUCCCCCUCAUUAAUGUACACACUUAUGUAGACAGGUGUGUGGCUUUCCUAAUCAAGUCUGAACAGUACAAUCAAACACAGCAGGCCUCCAAUGAAGAUCUAGAACCACUUCAAGGAUGAUCAAAAGAAAUGGACAGCACCCGAGUUAAAUAUGAUGUCACAGUCAAGGGUCUGAAUACUUACGGCUGUGUGAUAUUUCAGUUUUUCUUAUUUAAUAAAUCUGCAAAAAUUUAAAACAUAUAUUUUUUUCUGUCAACAUUGGGUGCUGUGUGUACAUUAAUGAGUUAAUGAGUGAACUUAAAUUAUUUUAGCAAAUAGCUGCAAUAUCGGUCUUCAGUUCUGCCACUGAUGUCAUACCACAAUGUGAGGGGCGAGUGAAUUUUAACGAUGAAACAGGACACGUUCCAAAGGCAAUUAUAGUUAUUUCCCGCUUGCUCCAAAAUGGUUUAUUAUUGGAAGUGACCUGCCAGUUUCAUUUUCUUGAGCAAAUAAUACAUAUAAAUCAUUUGAUUUGUAUGUAUUAUUUGCUCAAGAAAAUUAGUUAGUGAAAUACUGAGAAUAUUUUCACUCUCGCUGGUACUGCAAUCGUUACAGCACCUUGAGAGUAACCAACUACGAAAAGAAAAUAAGUGUGUGUGUCAAGAGGGAAAAUAGAACACUGAGGUUUUUUAAAAAUUAUAUUAUUUUAUUGUAGUUUACAAUACAACAGUGAAUGUCCAGUUUUCUUUUACGUGUUGUGUAAUUUGAGAUAUUUUCAACUUCUGUUAAGUUUAUUCUAAAACUAGUAAUUUAUCUUUGUGUCAUUAUGUUUGAAGACUGCUUGUGUGGAGAAAUGGGCCAAAAUAACACCAGAGUAAUGCAAGCGACUAGUUUCUCCAUACAGGAGGCAUCUUGCAAACAAAGGCUUUUGUACAAAGUAUUAAAUAAAUACCAGUUGGUGUGUUCAAUACUUUU